AGACCUGCAGAAUAACUUGUUUUCAGCAGAAUAAUAUGUGUCCCGCUUUGAAGACCCACACUGAGAUACAGAUUUCAGAUGACCCCUAUGAGAGCUUUAUGCUACAUCACCUCCAGCACUACGGACUGUUUACAGAUCAGAGAGCAUCCUUCCAGAGGAGUCUCUCCCCCUCAAGCAAAUGGGGGCAGGACCAUGGUUCUGCGCUCUCAGACAACUCCCCUGAGACUAAUGAGUCUGGCUCUGACACUCAGGAGGAGGACAGCGAGAUUAGCAGGAGACCAUUCUCCCUCACCCUGGAGCAAGCUCUCAGAACCAGGCAGCUGGUGUUUGAUUUUGAUGGAGGCCGUCAUGUCCCCAGACUGAGGGAGCCACAGAGCCUCUUUGCCAUUCAGUCCCUCGGCAACCCACACCGGGGGGUCCGCUGGCCCAUCGAGUGUGAGGUCAUCAAGGAGGCGAUCCAGCACAUCGAAUGGGAGCCACCUGAACCAGAGCUGUUCUACCGUCCCACAGGCUAUGAGCGGACUCCUAUGCCAGUGGGACCUGAGAAGGGUAGGGUGGUGUACUGCAUCGACUCAGCCACAAAGAACCCCUACUUCACCUUUGCCCGUGUUGGGGGCAGCCGAGGGCCGGUCAAGAACGCAACGUCCAACAUGAGUGGGCGAGAUGACUCCAUCCUGGAAUUUGAGUCCCGUUUUGAGAGUGGGAACCUGCUAAAGGCUGUACAUGUCGGUGUCCAUGACUACGAACUGACCCUACGCCCUGACCUGUACACCAACAAGCACACGCAAUGGUUCUAUUUCCGAGUGAGAAACAUGAAGGUGGGGGUAACCUACCGCUUCACCAUCAUCAACCUGAUGAAGUCCAGCAGCCUGUACAAUCUGGGCAUGAAGCCACUGCUGUACUCUGAGCAGGCUGCCCAGAUGCAGGGGGUGGGCUGGCAGCGGGUUGGUACCAACAUCAAAUACUACCGAAACCAGAGGGAACAUGAGGGGCAUGCCCUCUAUUCACUUACCUGGACCUGCCAGUUCCCUUAUGAGAGGGACAUCUGCUACUUUGCCCACUGCUACCCAUAUACCUACUCAGACUUGCAGCGCUACCUAACUAGGGUAGCCUCUGAUCCAGUCACUGCCACCUACUGCAAGUUGCGGGUGCUUUGCCAAAGCCUAGCAGACAACGCAGUCUAUGUGCUGACAGUUACCUCCCCCUCCCCAUCCCGGGAGGCAGGACGGGCAAAGCGUGCAGUAGUGGUGACAGCCCGAGUCCACCCGGGUGAGACUAACAGCUCCUGGAUGAUGCAGGGGUUCCUGGACUUCCUACUGGGUGACUCCCUGGAUGCCCGAUUGCUUCGGGACACCUUUGUCUUCAAGGUGGUGCCCAUGCUCAACCCUGAUGGUGUGGUGGUGGGGAACUACCGCUGUUCAUUGGCCGGCCGUGACCUCAACCGCAACUACCGCACCCUUCUGCGUGACUCCUUCCCCUGUGUGUGGCAUACCCGAAACAUGGUGAAGAGGGUGAUGGCUGAGCGGGAAGUGGUCUUGUACUGUGACUUCCAUGGGCAUAGCCGGAAGAACAAUGUCUUUAUGUACGGCUGUGAUAACCGGAGCAAUGCUGCACUUCGCUUCCACGAGCGUGUCUUCCCCCUGAUGAUGAGCAAGAACAUCACUGACAAAUUCUCUUACAGGAGUUGCAAGUUCAGAGUUCAGAAAAGUAAAGAAGGAACAGGGCGUAUUGUGAUGUGGAAGCUGGGAAUAAGCAACAGCUACACCAUGGAGUCCACCUUUGGAGGGUCUACAUUAGGGAAAAGAAAAGGAACACUUUUCACCACUCAAGACUUGAAAUCACUGGGGUAUUACUUCUGUGACACACUGCUGGACUACUGUGACCCCGAUCAAACCAAGGCCAAUCACUGUUUGGUGGAGCUGGGAGCCAUGUUCAGGCAGGAGAUCUGCCAGAAACUGGGCAGAGAUGUGGAUUCAGAUGGGUCCCUCAGUAGCAUCUCUGUGUCCGACAUUGAGUCCAGCACGAGUGGCUCAAACAGCACAGAGUCAAAUGGCUUGCCUGUUCAUCUGCUAAACAUGGAUAGCAAGAAAAAACAUCUGAAGACCCGUAAAGAGAGGAACCGGCUGCGACAGGAGCGUGUGCAAUACAGUGAGGCCAAAAUCACCAACCAGAACAUUAAACACGCUGCUCCUGUGCCAUCCACUGAAGAAGCAGCAAAAGCAGGGAUUCAAGGAGCUUUGAUCAAGAGUAAGAAAGGGAAAAAGGCAAGUAGCCGAGGUGGGCAGACAUGGAUC